AUGAGCUAUGAUAAACCAUUGAAAUAUGCUACCAAUGAGCCUUUGAAUAGACUAAGAAAAAAUAAAUCAAAAUGUUAUUUGAGUUUUGGAGUGUCUGCGCUUUCCGACCCCUCCAAUGACGGUGAGUACGUGUUCGUUUACGCCGCCGCGGAUCCGGAAAUAAAGGAGAAGAAGAAUGUGCUCGUCAAGUGUCUCGCAAUGAAUGACAAAUUGGUGGUUCAUGCUCUGCGUUUAGGGGAUUCAGAGCCUCUGUAUCUCCAGAUCAAUGCCGGAGAAGAUGGCGGAAGCAAUUACGCUGAGCAGCAUUUCAAGGAUUUGGAGAAGCUUCUGAAGAGAAUUGAUUCUGAGAUCUUGUCAAAAUUACUUGGCUGGCCUCCUCCUCCUUGUUGUCCGAUUCCCCAUUCUCCUCCUCCUCUGUAUCCCCGUUGGUUUAGUGGCGGUGGUGGUUUUCGUGGAGGGUUGCCGGUUGUUCCUCCUCCCCUUGCUCCUAGCGUGCCUGGUUUUGAGCCCAACAGAUUUGCAAGGAAUCCUCCUCGAUGCUGA